AUGCUGACGACGACGACGUCGGUCGCCGACGCCGCCGUGGGCAUCGCCGUCUUCAUCCCGGCGGCGCUCAAGCGGCCAUCGCACACGCUCUACUGCAUCUGCGUCAAGGUCGACGAGGCGCCUCUGGCCGAGUGGACCGUCAACCGGCGCUACUCGCAGUUCUUGGAGCUGCGCGAGAAGGUGCUGCGCUUCUUGGAGCGCAGCCAGGGCUGCCCGGGCUGCGCCAACACGGCGCUCGCGAUCGCGUCGUUUCCGUUUCCGCCAAAGGCGUGGUUCCGCACCAACAAGCUCGUGCGCCAGCGUGUCCGCGACCUCCAAAGCUUUAUCCAAAUCAUCAUUGGCCGCGCGUUCUCGGCCAAGCCAAAGUGCAACACAUGCGGCGCCGGCCUCCAGAACAUCGUCCGGCCUUUCUUUCACCGCGGCGCGCAGCCGAUCCAUCGCCACUCGUCGAUCGUCCGACGCGACGCCGACGACGACGACCUGAUGCUCACGCAGCGCACCAAGAACGGCGGCCUCGACUCGGACUGCUCGACCAUGAACUCGGCCAAAGACAUGUCGUAUGCAGUCUCGAAGCGGCGCACGCGCAUCUCGCAAUCGCUUAGCGACGCCAAGACGCUACGCCAGGUCAAGUGCUCGUUCAUCAAAGAAUCGAGCGCCGCCCAUGACCCCGAGUCGUCGUAUCUGGACGGCGCGUCCAAGUGCACGGACGCGCGGCCGUCGGUUGUCGAUGCACUUAAGGACGUGGUCAUUGCCGACGGCUAUGCCAACACCAAGCAGGAAAAGAUGUACCGGCUCUCGACGAUGUGGGAGACGUUCGAGCUCGACGACAUUCAACGGGAAAUGGCGUCGGGCCGAGCAACCAAGGCCACCGGCAUCUUGAUCUAGACGAUCAAUCCUCGACUCUCCGCCUUACCUCGUGUACUUUAACCCUCGCACUCACUCGACUAUCUAAUUUUAAGCUCCUCCUUCGUCGCCU